CCAAAUUUUACUACACCUCGUGAAUUAUUUGGUAUGGGAAAAUAUGCUGAGGAUAGUUGGCGUUUAUUUUGUGGUGAACGAGAUGACGCAUGGAAAGUGAACAGUGGAUUCGAACCAGAAGAUAAAGUCAUAAGAAUGUAUAUAAAUUGGCGGCGUCAAAUGGAUGAGUUGGGUUUUGGCAGGAGAAAAGAAAACAUAUGA